AUGCCCGUAGCCUGGUCGUCGUCGCCCGUGAAAAGUGCGACAAAACUCGAAGUGGAGAGACCUGAGAUGGAAAACCUGUUCGCAUUCAGAUCGCCGCGUGAGUCUAUUUAUUCCAGUCCCAAUUCGUACCCAAGAUCGUUGCUGGACGCCUACACCGAUGAGCUUUCCCCGGUGGCUUCGCUAGCCAGCCAUAUUGACGCUGAUGCAAUCGUCAAUGCACACCAACAGAGCGGCGCUGCUGGCAGUGCCGCCAGUGCCGCCGGCGCAGCCAAACCGAGCACCCUUUCGUUUGGCAAGCGCUACAAAAUGAGCAUGACGCUCAAACCGCGCGAGAUUGAACUUGCCCGUAAUUCGUGGUCAAUUUUGCUCGAUAACGAGUGCUCAAAACAGAAGUACGACGAUUUCGUCAACAAGUGUCUGAAAAAACCCAAGAAGAGCGUUCAAAAGACCAAGCCGGGCCCCAUUGCAGGCAAUGUCGCCCUUUCAAGUUUCUUGUUCGGUACACAGUUUCUAGCCAAUAUUUUGGACCUCGCUCCAGAAAUCGAAGAUGCGUUCCCGACCAUCAAUCACGCGGCAUCUGCUGUCACAGGUGUCCUUACCGCAGCGGUGGACAACUUGGAAGAUUUAACCGUGCUCGACGAGUACUUAUGUGGUCUGGGGAAACGCCAUUCGAGAAUUCUCGGCGUUUGCGCCGUACAUUUCCGCGUGGCUGGCGUGGGUUUCAUGAAAACGCUUCGAGAUCGUUUUGGAUACGACAUAACCAGAGAGCUCGAAAACGUAUGGCUCAGACUUUACCUAUACCUGUCGAACACCAUGCUGCAAUUUGGAAUAGACCCUGUCAUCGUCGAGAAUGAGAUAUGCAACGUGGUUCUGGAACCACCGGCGGUGUUGGAAAGGCAGCCUACAAACAGCAGUGCCGAGUCAUCAGCCCAAAGCGAUUUCUCGCAAGAACCGAUCUCGCUACGGUCUGGCGGAUCCUCGGAACGGAGCAAUUACACCACGACUAGCGGUUCCUUCAUGUUCAAAUCGUCAUUUUUGAGAAGACCUGCCUCUGAAAGCAAUGCUUCUGGAAGAACCCAAAGUUCGGGCGCUUCAAGUUCUGCGAGUCGCGUGCCGAAAACAGUGCGUGGUGGUGGCGCUAAUGCCGCUUUGAAAACGGGAGGGAAAUGGGUUCCCGUCAGCUCGCUGCCGAAAAACACGUACACCACUGUAGUCGUACAAGAGACUUCUCAUAAGGGUGGUUCCGUAAGAGGUGGUGGUGGUUCUUAUAAGCUCGUACGUGUAGAUGCAUCACAAAUGGCAGCCUACCGAGCGGGAAAUAGUGCUGAACAGCAAGCGAAUAUUUCUCUGCGUCAACGGCACGAACAAAUGAUGAGGGAGUACGCAGCCAGAUCAGGUGGUGCUAGAGGAGGUGGUGGUGGUGGCGAUUGUAGUAUUAUGUAA